AAAUUGCGCUUAUUUAAGGUUUCCCACUUAAGCAAAUUAAAGCGUAAACUUCCGACAUAUAUAAAUGGCGUGGAUUUGGACGACGGCGAUCGCAGCGAUCUCGUUAUUCCUCUACCUCCUUCAUCAAUGGCGGAACCCCUCAAACAAGAAGAAACUCCCUCCCGGCCCAAAAGGCCUACCGAUCAUCGGCCAUUUCCACUUACUAAGCAAGAAUCCUUACCACGAUCUUCACCGUCUAGCCCGCAAAUACGGCCCGAUCAUGUACACGCGCUUCGGCUCCAUCCCGACCAUCAUCGUCUCCUCCCCCUCCGCCGCCGAGCUCUUCUUAAAGACCCACGACCUCAGCUUCGCGAGCCGCCCCCACAGCGAGGCCGCCUACCACAUGGGCUACGAGCAGCGCAACAUCGUCUUCGGCCGCUACGGGCCCUACUGGCGCAGCAUGCGCAAGCUCUGCACGCUCGAGCUCCUCAGCGCCCUCAAGGUCGGCCAGUUCGAGCCGAUGAGGAGAGCGGAGCUCGCGAUCCUGGUGAGCUCGCUGAGGGAGGCGGCGGCGGCGCGUGAGGUGGUGGAUAUGAGCGCUAAGAUCAUGUCGACCAAUGCUGACAUGACGUGCUUGAUGGUGUUUGGGAGGAAGUUCGCGGAGAGGGAUUUCGACGAGAGGGGGUUUAAGGAGGUGAUGGUGGAGACGAUGGUGGAGUCGGCGGCGUUCAAUCUCGGCGACUAUUUCCCGUAUCUCAGGUGGCUGGAUCUCUGGGGAUCAGUGCGGCGGCUGAAGAAACUGAGCGUGAUCUUCGACGCAUUUCUCGAGAAGAUCAUCGACGAUCAUGUUGAGAGGAAGGAGAGGAGUCACGAUUUCGUGGAUACGAUGCUGUCGGUUCUCGACUCCGGCGAGGCGGAGGACGGGUUCAACCUCGAUCGCCGCAAUGUCAAGUCUAUCUUGCUGGAUAUGCUGCUGGCUGGAGUGGACACGUCAGCAGCAGCAGUGGAAUGGGCGCUGUCUGACCUAAUCAAGCAUCCAGAAGAAAUGAAGAAACUCCAGAAAGAUCUAGAAGAAGUUGUGGGGCCAAACCAAAUGGUGGAUGAAUCUCAUUUGUCAAAACUAAAAUACCUUGAUUGUGUGAUCAAAGAAUCCAUGAGGCUCCACCCGGUGGGCACGUUGCUCAUCCACGAGGCUAGGGAAGACUGCGAGGUCAGUGGGUUCCAUAUUCCGAACAAAGCAAGAAUUCUCGUGAACACAUGGGCCAUCGGGAGGGAUCCCGAAGCUUGGACCGACCCUGAGAGAUUUGACCCUGGCAGAUUUUUAGGUGGCAAUUUUGAUUUUCGGGGUCGAGAUUUUCAGUUCAUACCGUUUGGAUCGGGUAGAAGAAGUUGCCCCGGGUUGCAUUUAGGGCUGACCGUGGUUCGAUUGAUGUUGGCGCAGUUGGUUCAUUGCUUUAAUUGGGAGCUCCCUGAUGGAAUGGUGGCCGCUGAUCUGGACAUGUCUGAGCAUUUUGGUUUAGUCACCUCAAGGGCUAACCAUUUAAUGGCUAUACCGGUUUAUAAGUUGCACGUUUGACUAAAAGUACAAGAAUGUUUCUCAUUUCAUGUAUUUUUUCUUUUAAUGUUGUCUUAUGUAUAUUACAUGUAGAAAACCCUUGUUAGUGGCAUCGGUUGAUGCAUGGAUAUAUAUAUGAAUAAUGGUAUAUAGUAAUCUACAAUUAGAAUUUAUUGU